AAUCAAAAUGGCGGACGAGGUGCAGGGUCGUGGAAUGAAAAUAAUUGAAUAAAAAGCAACAGACUGCAGGGUUUAACACUGCAUAACUGCCUUGAAAGAAAACCCACAAAAGAGGGGUCCACCUGAUGGGUGUAUCUGUGUCUGGGCCACCUCCCAAACCAUGGGGAUCAAAGGCCUACAGCAGUAUAUAGAAGCCUACUGUCCCCAAGCAUGCAGGAGGGUCCAUCUGAAGGAAUUAGCCCGUGGCUACUUUCAGAAGUGUGGUCAAACUCCGACCCUGGUGGUGGAUGGUUUAAGCUGCCUCCGUAAGCUGUAUGCAGCAGGGCUAGACUGGGUCCAUGGGGGGCAGUGGUUUCAGUAUUAUCUUGAAGUGAAGAAGUUUGUGAAAGCAUUUCAAGAUGCAGGAAUACAGCUAGUUUUUAUUUUUGAUGGCUCAGUUGGGUUGACGAAGAGAUCGGUUUGGAUACAGAGACGGAAGCAAGACAGAAAGAAUGUAAAGAGGGUGUUUGAUAUUAUAAAGAACACUGGCAGGCAGCCCGGGUAUCAACAGUUCAUUAUACCUGUAAGCCUAGGUAUCUAUACACAGUUUAUUUUGAAGGAACUAGGAGUAACCGUCAUCAGUUCCACAGGAGAGGCAGAUCAAGAAAUAUUCCAAUACUGCCAGCAACAUAAUUGUUUUGGUAUCCUAAGCCAGGACUCAGAUUUUAUUGUGUACAACACUCUAAGUGACUUUUUCUCUGUGGCAGAUUUAAACUUGAAAAAAAUGACAACCACAAAAUAUGACCGCAUGCUGUUGUGUGAGCACCUCAAGCUGGAUCUAAACCAGUUACCCAUCUUGGGGACUCUGAUGGGUAACGAUGUUAUCCCCCACUCUAAACUUCUGAGCUUUCACUGCAGUAUACUCGGUUUAACAAAGAGAGAUAGAACGUCAGUGACAUUGGAUAAGAUAGUGCCUAAACUGGCCAGCUAUAUCAGCGAAAAAUGCAGGUCAACAAGGUACUUCUCUGCAGUGAAGGAGGUGUCCAAAAAUGUCAUGAAAAGUGGACAAGAUCAGACCCUGUUCAUUCAGAGUAUAAUGAACUACUUGUCUGACACAGAUCCUUUGAGGAGAGGUCUCAGUGAUGUUCUAAAUAGUUUACAGCUUCAGUCAGCAGAUGAACCCAGUGGAGAUUCCACCUGCGCCGAUUCUGAUGCUACAGACAGACCUUUAAUGCCACAGCCUACUGCCUCAAAUAACCCUUGGUCUAGAGGACCAGCAGAAAACAAACUUACAUUUGCUGAGAUUGUUAGUAAGCCUGCAACUGUAAUCAACAGUGUUAUUGUUGCUGAUGAUGACAACAGCAGCACCACUAGCUCAGGGAUUAGUUCUAACAACACAAAGGAAAAGACGACUGUUCCUAUCUCAAAGCCUGAUGUUUCACCAAGAGUACUCCUGCUUGCAAAAGAAAGACAUGAGAAAUGUGAAAAUUUGCCACUCAUAUACAGCAUACUGUGUGGGGUAGAGGUUGAUUCAGGGGCGUCACUGGAGGACGAUAACAAUACAGAUAUCCCUUCAGCUGUGGUUGUAUAUACAGCAAUAAAACGGAAGCUGUUUGGCUUGUUACUAGGGGUUGGCAUUAUGCAGAGGGAGGACAACCAGGGGGUUGGCCAGCAGGGCACCUCAUGGACAGCCCUACCCGAUGACCCAUGUGCUAUGAUCCCUGGGACUUUCUCCAGACCCCAGCCACCACAGCACAACCCCAUGCCUGUUGGGGUGUGUUCUCUACCAGAGGACCCCUGUGCUAUGGUGGGCAUGUCAUUAGAAGGGCUGGGGCUGGGGGAUCCACUGCCCCCUCUGGGGUCUUUUACCACCCCCAGUGGGACCAUAGCAGGCACAUUCAAUGUUGGGGCCAUCCAACAACCAACUGGUGUUAAUGAUCCUGGACUGUUCUCUUCCCACCAGCCAGCAGCUGGGGCAGUAGGUAAUGGGAGCAGGUUGUCCACUGCUGUGUCCACUACAAGUCCAACUGCUAGCCAGUCCAAGGAUCUGGUGGUUGGGAAGAAUGCUGUAUUAGAGUGGGCAAUCUAUAGCGGCUGUACACUGAAAGAACCAGAUAUUGUACCAGCCGUUCCCUUGCAGAUACCAGGUCACUUAUUAAAGGGUCCACCUGAUGGGUGUAUCUGUGUCUGGGCCACCUCCCAAACCAUGGGGAUCAAAGGCCUACAGCAGUAUAUAGAAGCCUACUGUCCCCAAGCAUGCAGGAGGGUCCAUCUGAAGGAAUUAGCCCGUGGCUACUUUCAGAAGUGUGGUCAAACACCGACCCUGGUGGUGGAUGGUUUAAGCUGCCUCCGUAAGCUGUAUGCAGCAGGGCUAGACUGGGUCCAUGGGGGGCAGUGGUUUCAGUAUUAUCUUGAAGUGAAGAAGUUUGUGAAAGCAUUUCAAGAUGCAGGAAUACAGCUGGUUUUUAUUUUUGAUGGCUCAGUUGGGUUGAUGAAGAGAUCGGUUUGGAUACAGAGACGGAAGCAAGACAGAAAGAAUGUAAAGAGGGUGUUUGAUAUUAUAAAGAACACUGGCAGGCAGCCCGGGUAUCAACAGUUCGUUAUACCUGUAAGCCUAGGUAUCUAUACACAGUUUAUUUUGAAGGAACUAGGAGUAACCGUCAUCAGUUCCACAGGAGAGGCAGAUCAAGAAAUAUUCCAAUACUGCCAGCAACAUCAUUGUUUUGGUAUCCUAAGCCAGGACUCAGAUUUUAUUGUGUACAACACUCUAAGUGACUUUUUCUCUGUGGCAGAUUUAAACUUGAAAAAAAUGACAACCACAAAAUAUGACCGCAUGCUGUUGUGUGAGCACCUCAAGCUGGAUCUAAACCAGUUACCCAUCUUGGGGACUCUGAUGGGCAAUGAUGUUAUCCCCCACUCUAAACUUCUGAGCUUUCACUGCAGUAUACUCGGUUUAACAAAGAGAGAUAGAACGUCAGUGACAUUGGAUAAGAUAGUGCCUAAACUGGCCAGCUAUAUCAGCGAAAAAUGCAGGUCAACAAGGUACUUCUCUGCAGUGAAGGAGGUGUCCAAAAAUGUCAUGAAAAGUGGACAAGAUCAGACCCUGUUCAUUCAGAGUAUAAUGAACUACUUGUCUGACACAGAUCCUUUGAGGAGAGGUCUCAGUGAUGUUCUAAAUAGUUUCCAGUCUCAGUCAGCAGAUGAACCCAGUGGAGAUUCCACCUGCGCCGAUUCCGAUGCUACAGACAGACCUUUAAUGUCACAGCCUACUGCCUCAAAUAACCCUUGGUCUAGAGGACCAGCAGAAAACAAACUUACAUUUGCUGAGAUUGUUAGUAAGCCUGCAACUGUAAUCAACAGUGUUAUUGUUGCUGAUGAUGACAACAGCAGCACCACUAGCUCAGGGAUUAGUUCUAACAACACAAAGGAAAAGACGACUGUUCCUAUCUCAAAGCCUGAUGUUUCACCAAGAGUACUCCUGCUUGCAAAAGAAAGACAUGAGAAAUGUGAAAAUUUGCCACUCAUAUACAGCAUACUGUGUGGGGUAGAGGUUGAUUCAGGGGCGUCACUGGAGGACGAUAACAAUACAGAUAUCCCUUCAGCUGCGGUUGUAUAUACAGCAAUAAAACGGAAGCUGUUUGGCUUGUUACUAGGGGUUGGCAUAAUGCAGAGGGAGGACAACCAGGGGGUUGGCCAGCAGGGCACCUCAUGGACAGCCCUACCAGAUGACCCAUGUGCUAUGAUCCCUGGGACUUUCUCCAGACCCCAGCCACCACAGCACAACCCCAUGCCUGUUGGGGUGUGUUCUCUACCAGAGGACCCCUGUGCUAUGGUGGGCAUGUCAUUAGAAGGGCUGGGGCUGGGGGAUCCACUGCCCCCUCUGGGGUCUUUUACCACCCCCAGUGGGACCAUAGCAGGCACAUUCAGUGUUGGGGCCAUCCAACAACCAACCGGUGUUAAUGAUCCUGGACUGUUCUCUUCCCACCAGCCAGCAGCUGGGGCAGUAGGUAAUGGGAGCAGGUUGUCCACUGCUGUGUCCACUACAAGUCCAACUGCUAGCCAGUCCAAGGAUCUGGUGGUUGGGAAGAAUGCUGUAUUAGAGUGGGCAAUCUAUAGCGGCUGUACACUGAAAGAACCAGAUAUUGUACCAGCCGUUCCCUUGCAGAUACCAGGAGGCACCCCCACCCUUGAAAGGCUAUGGUUUGAGAAGGACCCAGCCACAUUACAGUUACAAUGGGAAUCCCUUAAGGAAAUCAUGUGCUGUCGGAUACCCCUACAGGAUCUAUUGAGACUGGAGAGCAAGCAUGUCCUAUUGUGUUGUGUCCUGCACUUCUUGUUGGCUCAGGAACCCAGCACUCUGAUGUAUGAGAAAGAACUAGAUGCCUUCAUAGCACAGGCCAUCUCGCCCAUGGCUGGAGAUGUUGGCAAGCUUAAAAGUCUCAAGGUCCCCACUGUGGACCCAAGAGCAGUUCAGCUAGCAGUGCUGUUUAUGAGGGGCCUGGCCCUGGGCCUGGCAGUUCUAGGAGCCUGUGGGUACCCCAUCCCCCUUUCAGCAGGCAUGCCAUGGAGAUGCUUCGAUGGGAAGCUGUUCCAUCUCAAGUACCUGCAGGCCAGAGACGGGGCAGAUCUGGCAUCACUGUGUGACUAUUAUGGCCCGGCAAUGGAGACAUUUGAUUACCUGAAGUCACUUAUUGUUCUUUCUACCCGGCUUGACCAGUGAGCUGGACAAGGGAAGCAGUUUUCUGUUGAGGAACAAGAUUGUUCACUAGCAAGGGUAGAGUCAUCUAUUGUUUCUUUUACAUGACUUGGUCAGAAAUAAGGACAAAGUGUUCUGUUGAGGGUCAAUAUUGUUUAAGAGCAAGGGUAGAUUAAGCUUUUUUUUACUUUUUUUAUUUAUUUAUUUUUGUAUUUUGCAAAAGGGAAACUUGUAUAUUUCAGAACAACAAAUAUCAAAGCCUUUUUGCAGAGAAAUAACCAGCUAGUAUGGAUUUUUAUAUAACUUGGCCAGUAAAAAGAACUGUGUAUUUGAAGAGGUUUUCACUUGAGGCAAAAGAUGAAGCUUUCCUUUCAGAGCAAGAACUAAGCAAGUAUUUAUUUUUCUCUAAAGUUUGUUAUAUCUUGGCUAGUGUUGAGAAAACUGGAUUUUAGGUUUUCACAUAAUAGUCCUUUCCUGAAGUGAAUGACAGAGAAUAUGUUAAAGCAGUCACUGCAUGCAGUAAUGUAAUCAACAUGCUAACUUCUGGAACUGGAGCAAUUUUUCACACCUAAGCAGCCCCAAUUCUACUCAACUUUUGAAUGUGAAUAGUUCUGAAAACUUUCAGUAUUUAAAGCUGGGAGGAUUCAGCCUAAAAUUCAACCUAGCCUGCAACAUUUUACACAUCAAUUGUCUCUAAUUUGUCUUAUUAUCACAUGAUGCCGAUUUGACCUAAUUCCCCUUUUAGAACUGUCCUCGUCUAAUUGCAUCAUUUGUCUCGGAUGCGUAUCAAAGUGCUUGGAGAUCAAUUGUUCACAGAUGUCCAUCUGUUACUGUCUACACCUGGUACCUUGCUGCUAUAAGAAUGGUACAAGGUGGUUAAUGGUGGGAUUUUUAUCUGUCCCUUUUUGGUUGUUUGAUUAUUUUUUUUAAUUCUCAGAAGGUGGCGGUCAAUAAUGGUGAACUGAAGUUUGUUUUAAAAGAUAAUUAAUGGGCGUGUCACCUUACAAUUAUGUAUAUAACAGUUGAAGGGGAGGAGUUUAAUGAUUGAUAAAACUAACGUCCGAGAGGCACUUUCCUUGAUUCACAGUCAUUGACGUGGUAAUAGGUUUGCAAAGAAAAAAAAAAAAAGGAAUGAUUUAAGUUUUCAUGAUGUAUAGUUUAGGUCCUUUUCCUUCUCAGUGCUAUAAUAACAAUGUGGGAGGUAAAGGAGAUGUUUGAUGUUUGGCUAACCAUGGGCAAUCAUCUUUUAAUUGUAAUAUAAAAGUUCAAAUCAUUUAAAUGAUUACUCUGGAUUGGUUAACCAGAUUAAUUUUUCUAAAACUCUCAAAUUUGUAUUUGGUUAGAUUUACUCUUUUACACAUUGUACGUAUUUACAAGGAAGUGAUCAUUUCAGAGAUUGACUGGUUUUAGGGGAUUUUACUUUGAAAAAAAUCAUAUCUUGGAUGUAAGUAGCACCAGAACUUUAAAACGUACAAGUUUCUUACGAUAUGAAAGUACAGUGUAAAGAGAGUGUUAUUAAUUAGUUAAGAAUCAAGGGGUAUUGUUAAUGUAUAUAUUCACUUAAAAGUAUAAACUUUUUCAUCUGUAAAAAAUGAUUUUUGAGCACCUUAUUUGUUUGAUAUAUUAUGAAAGUUUUUUUUUAUAUAUAGUUAUCUUUUUAUUUCAUUGAUUUACAUAGAGUUUUAUUCAUGAUGUCAAGAAGAAAAAGCAGUCAACUUUUUUGUUUUAUUUUUUAAUGCAUUUUAUUGUUGAUGAUCAGAAUUGAGUGUGAGGUGAAAGUUUGAUAAUGAGACACUUUUUUGAAUGGAAAGAAUGGGCAUUUUUGGCUUAAAUAUGAGAGCUUUUGGUAAGAAGGCAGUCCUUAGAACUGUAUGUAUGGAUGUUGGAUAGUUUUGAUUCAUAUUAUACUUUUUGCUUCACUUUCAGAGAUUUUUUCCCCAUCAUAAAAUAAUGACGUCUAUUUUGUAAAUAUUUAUCAUUUAGAGACUUUAUUGGGUCCUUACAUAUGUUAAUCUUAUAUGUUUUACAACAUUUAUAUAAAUACUGUUAAAUUAUAAAAUUAUAAAAAGAAAAAAAAUGAAAGGUAUGUCUUAGCAAGUCUUGUACAUAUGGACCUUGCCAUGUAUAAUCAGUAUAUUAUGUAUAUGAAUGGGCUUCAUAUAUGUAAAAACCAGGGAUUGUAUUUUCAGAAGUUUGUGAAUAAAAAAACAUUUAUCACUUUCUGGUGGGUCAGAUUUUAAAACUCAAAUAGUUAAAACCUGACAUACAAAGAAGUGUCAUUGAUUUAGAGUUAUAAACUUUUGAGAAUAUGUCCCAAGUAAGAGAGUUUACAAUUGUUUUUAGAUUGGUUAAGUAUUAUAUACAUUGUUAUUAUAUAGCAAAUUUUCAUGCUGUAAUAACCCUUUUGGCAUGGAAAUAAACUAUUGUAGCUAUUAUACUUGGUGUUCUGUCCUUUAUUAGAAUUUUUAAAUAACCUGCAUAAAGUCACCAUUUUAUUCAGGGAAAUCAUUCACA